UUUAAGAAACCCUGUUAUAAAGUAUCCACCUCUACCAAUGCUAAUUACUCAUGUUCUGUGUUACAAAAACACGCUAUAUGUGUAGCUGGCUGUGGUAGCGGAAACUGUGUCCGCCCAAACUUAUGUAUGUGUCCAGGAUCCAAGCGGCCAUCGCCACAGUGCGACCAAGAAG